AUGCAGUACACUUUAACCUGUUUGAAUAUAUUUUUCGCAUGGUUUUUUAUAUUAGCCAAAACGCAGCUAACAUCAGGAAAUACAAUAAAAAAUGCAGUUAUAUUAUUAGCUGACGACGGCGGAUUUGAAAUUGGUGCUUAUAGAGAAAAGAUUUGUCAAACUCCUAACCUAGAUGCUUUGGCUAAAAAAAGUUUGAUUUUCAAUAAUGCGUAUACAUCGUCUAGCAGUUGUUCUCCAAGUCGUGCUUCUUUGUUAACUGGACAACCAAGCCACCAGAAUGGAAUGUAUGGAUUGCACCAUGGGGUACAUCAUUUUAACUCAUUCAAUAACAUAACUAGCCUACCAAAUCUUUUGAGAGAAAAUGGAAUAAGAACCGGAAUUAUUGGAAAGAAACAUGUGGGUCCAGAUGAAGUUUUUAAAUUUGAUUACGAACAAACAGAGAAUCAACAUCCUAUUAAUCAAGUUGGACGUAACAUAACAUUUAUUAAAUUAUUAGUACGAGAGUUUCUGAAACAAAAUGAUGGAAAACAGCCAUUCCUUUUAUAUGUAGCUUUCCAUGAUCCUCAUCGUUGUGGUCAUGUUACUCCACAAUAUGGAAGUUAUUGUGAAAGGUGGGGCUCUGGAGAAGAAGGCAUGGGAGUGAUCCCAGAUUGGCAUCCAAUUUAUUACCAAUGGGAUCAGCUGGAAUUACCUUAUUAUAUACCAGAUACCGAACCAGCUCGCAGAGAUUUAGCUGCUCAAUACACAACUAUUUCUAGACUUGAUCAAGGUGUUGGAUUAGUUUUGGAGGAAUUAAAACAAGCAGGGCAUGCUGAUGAUACUUUAGUAAUUUACACAUCAGAUAAUGGCCCACCAGUUCCUGGUGGUAGGACUAAUCUUUAUGAUUCAGGAAUGGCUGAGCCAAUGUUUAUGUCAGCCCCUGGUCAGAAACGUAGAAAUCAAGUUACAUAUGAAUUAGCAAGUCUUUUAGAUGUAACACCAACCUUGCUAGACUGGUUUAAUAUUUCAGAACCAGGAGUAAGCAGACUUGAAACUAAUGAUGUGAAUGUUGGAAGAACUUUGACUGGAAAAAGUUUACUUAAUUUACUAGAUGAAGAACCUCCUGAGAAUCCAAAUGAGGCAAUAUUUGCCAGUCAGACACAUCAUGAAGUCACAAUGUACUAUCCAAUGAGAGCAAUAAGAACAAAACGUUAUAAAUUAAUACACAACUUGAACUAUCAAGCACCUUUUCCCAUUGAUCAAGACCUUUAUGUAUCCCCAACAUUUGAGGAUAUAUUGAAUCGAACAAGAGAUAAAGAUGCUUUACCAUGGUACCGCAAUCUUAAAUCAUACUAUAAUAGGCCUGAAUGGGAAUUGUAUGAUGUUAAGCAUGAUCCAGAGGAAUUGAGGAAUUUGGCUGGAAAGCCAGAUAUAAAGGAUACAUUUGAAGAACUGAAGAAGAGACUACAUUCUUGGCAGCAACAAACAAAUGAUCCCUGGCGUUGUGCUCCACAUUCUGUGCUUAUGGACACUCCUGGUAUAACUGCAGAAUGUUUGGCACUAUAUAAUUGAAAUUGGAACAAAGCUUAAAAAAAAGAUCAAAUUAAGAAGGUGUGGGCCAUGAACAGUUUACUGAUGAACAAAUAAUACAUUUAGAAACAUUUUAUAUGAAAUUAUUUAUUAUAAAAUAUUUGUUUCAAAGCAUAAUUAUUGAAGUAUAUUAUUUCGUUCAUAUUCUUAUUGUACAACAGCAAACUCAAAGAGAUUUAUGUUUAAUGUAACAUAUUUUAUGAUUGACAUGAUACAGUUUAACAAAUGAUUUGAAUCUUUUAAAUGCAUCUUAAA